GUGGCGGCGGGACCGGCCCGGGGCUCGGGGUUGCGGGUCCGGGGACACCGCGGGGUUCAGCUCCGGAUUUGGGCUGGGGGUGUCCCAGCACCCCCAGAUCCUCCAGGCCAGCAUGAUCCCGGGAUUUGGGCCGGUGCUGCAGGCGGUGCUGGGGACGUUGCUCACCUGGGGACUGACAGCGGCGGGGUCAGCGCUGGUGUUCGUGUUCUCCAGUGGCCAGAGGCGGAUCCUCGAUGGGAGCUUGGGCUUUGCCGCAGGGGUGAUGCUGGCAGCCUCCUACUGGUCCCUGCUGGCCCCGGCCAUCGAGCUGGCCGAGCGCUCGGGCACCUUCGGAGCCUUCUCCUUCUUCCCGGUGGCUGCAGGAUUUGUGCUGGGGGCAGCGUUUGUGUACGGGGCUGACCUGCUGCUGCCAGCGCUGGGGUUCUCUGGCCCUCCCCACGCCCUGGCCCUGGGCUGUGAGCAGCGAGCUGAGAAGCAGAAGCAGGAGCAGGAGCAGGAGCAGGAGCCCGGCCGGGAUUUGGGCAGCGAGCUGUGGAUGCAGAACGAGCUGGCCAUCAGGAUAGGUAGAGCUGGGCUGCAGCCAGACAAGGCUGAGAACGGGGAGCUGUACCAGAGGAGGAGAGCAGGGGGCUCCCCCCUGCCCGAGGGCCCCCCGGCGUUCCCGGCACCGCGCGACGGAGCCGCCCCGGGCGGGAGCAGCAGCUGGAGGAGAAUCGUGCUGCUGAUCCUGGCAGUGACCAUCCACAACAUCCCUGAGGGCCUGGCAGUGGGAGUUGGAUUUGGGGCCGUUGGAAAAUCCGAGUCUGCCACGUUCCAGAGCGCCAGGAAUUUAGCCAUUGGGAUUGGGAUCCAGAACUUCCCAGAGGGGCUGGCAGUCAGCCUGCCCCUGCGUGGCGCUGGGUUCUCCACCUGGAAAGCGUUCUGGUUUGGGCAGCUCAGUGGGAUGGUGGAGCCCCUGGCUGGUGUCCUGGGUGCCUUUGCCGUGGUGCUGGCCGAGCCGCUCCUCCCGUACGCGCUGGGCUUUGCUGCUGGAGCCAUGGUCUACGUGGUGCUGGAUGACAUCAUCCCCGAGGCACAGAGCUGUGGCAAUGGGAAGCUGGCAUCCUGGAGCUCCAUGCUGGGAUUUGUGGUGAUGAUGUCCCUGGAUGUGGGGCUGGGCUAGGACAGAGCCUCAGCCCCUCAGACACCUCAGAGCCUGCAGGGCUGGAGCCCAACACGCCCCAGGACUGCUCCUGUACAUAGAAUUUGGGGAUCUGGUUUGGUGUUGAUUUGCUCUGAUUUUGUAUCUCCCCUUCCCCUGCGAGUUCCUGGCGGUGAUUUCCAAGCACAAACGUGGCUGAGUGCUCCAGAUCCUGGCUGGGUGCUCCAGGUCCUGGCUGGGUGUUCCCAGAUCCUGUUUGGGUGCUCCAGAUCCUGUUUGGGUGCUCCAGGUCCUGGCUGGAUGCUCCAGGUCCUGGCUGGGUGCUCCAGGUCCUGUUUGGGUGCUCCAGGUCCUGGCUGGGUGCUCCAGAUCCUGUUUGGGUGCUCCAGGUCCUGGCUGGAUGCUCCAGGUCCUGGCUGGGUGCUCCAGGUCCUGGCUGGAUGCUCCAGGUCCUGGCUGGAUGCUCCAGAUCCUGGCUGGAUGCUCCAGAUCCUGGCUGGGUGCUCCAGAUCCUGGCUGGGUGCUCCAGGUCCUGGCUGGAUGCUCCAGGUCCUGGCUGGAUGCUCCAGAUCCUGGCUGGGUGCUCCAGGUCCUGUUUGGGUGCUCCAGAUCCUGGCUGGGUGCUCCAGGUCCUGGCUGGGUGCUCCAGGUCCUGUUUGGGUUCUCCAGGUCCUGGUUGUUCUCCCAGGUCCUGGCUGGGUUUUCCCCUUGGAAGGGGCCUUGGGUGAUGCUGGGCUGGGCUCUGCAAGGAAGGAAAUUGGGAUUUUGAUCCUCUCUGUUCUGUGGGAGGUUGGGAAUUCUCCCUGAGCACUGAGGCACUGGAAUGCAGUGACUCCUGAGGGAGGCUGGAAUUCCAGAAUUCCACCCUUUCUGGGGUGUGAUCAGAGCUCCCCCACAUCCUGCUGCUCCUGGGGAAUGCUGCAGGGAUUGCUUUGGAUGGAUGGAGACAGUCCAGGCAAAUAAAGAUCAAUUUUCUUG